AAUAAAAUAAAAUAACAACAAAAAAAUAUAAAAACUACAAUGCCCGUGACCACCAAAACACUGGACAAAAAAGAAGAAAACGAAAAUCCAUUUGGCUUAGAACUACCCAAGGCAGAACUUCUAAUAUAUCAACACCCAGCAUCAGAUGAGUCGUUUCUUCACGAGAAACCUACCAAAGUCGAAGAUGUGAUCGAGUACCUGGAAGCGAUUGAAAACGCCAACAAGACCGACGCGUCAAAAAAAAGAGAAAAAUCAAUGGUUACCAUGGAGGACGUAAAAUGCAUUGUGACAAAGCGAAAUGCUUCAAGCACCACAUCAUUUCGUCGCGUCAAAGCCAAAAGAGUCUCAAUUAACACGAAUCAAUUCACGUUUAUGCGUCAGAUUGACUUGGAACCCGAUGAUCGCGUUUUGGCCAGAGAACAGCGGGAAGAUGUGGCCGAAACAUUUCGCCGGAUGGGAAAUCGCGAGUAUCGUAAACUGAACUUCACUUUAGCGAGAGAAUACUAUACAAAGGGUAUACAAUAUAUUAAAGACUCGCCUGUCUUGUACGUCAAUCGGGGCCUUUGCUGUAUCAAGUUGCGCGAAUUUAAGCUGGGUAUUAUAGAUUGUGACUACGUGUUGACCAAUAUUGACGAAAAAUAUCUACGUGCUUGGCUUUAUAGGGCAGCAGCCUAUAAGCGUCUGAAUGAUGAGGCUAACUUCGAAUAUAGUGUCGAUCGCGCCCGGCGAUUUAACAGGUCGGAGGCGGAAUUUGUUGACGAAUUCCUGGAUAAAAUGAGAUCACUCCUCUAAGAAAAUUAUAAGUUCAUAAAGGACUGGGAUUCCUUUUAGCAAAUAAACGAAAG